UUGAAUGUAUUGAAUCAUUUUAAAAGUUUAGUUGUUUUACCUUAUAAUUUUAACGGAACAAAAAGCUUAACGACUUAAAUUUAGCAUGAGAAAUCAUACAGUUUUCUGCUUUCAAAAGUGUCGUGCUGUCAGAGGUGUUGUGUAAAAAGACAAACCGAGAAAUAUGUCGGGACCAAUUAAGAGACGGGAAAUCCAGGAGGAAAUCGAGGAUGACGAAGAUCACAGUACCGAGGAAUCGGACGAGGAAGAUGAAGAGGAGGUCGAGCAGGGUAUGGAGAUCCAAGUUGAAUUUGAAGGACGUAAUCCUCAAGAUCCGGACUUCCAUAGAAUCAAGAAUUUCUUGCAGCAGCUGUUCUUAAAAGCUCACUUAGACCUUGGAGGCCUGGCUGACUUGAUUAUUUCUCAAAAUUACGUAGGCUCAGUUGUCACACAGGCUGACGAUGACGAUGAGAAUUCCGAUGAUGAGGAAAGCACUGGUCAGGAAGUUUUUGGAAUCACUACUGUUCUUAACAUUUCUGAGAGACAGAAUGUUCCAUGCAUCAAGCAACUCAGGGAUUUAUUAAGAGAUCAUGCCGAGGAGCAUGCCACAGAUGCUACCAACACUAUGAUCAAAAGCGUUCUCGAAAAUGACUCCGCUCCUCUGGGCCUCUUGAUCAACGAGCGAUUUAUCAACAUACCCGCACAAAUUUCAGUGCCACUUCUCGAAAAUCUCCUCUCGGAAGUGAAACGAGCCGCUCAAAAGAAAAUGCCAUUUGACUUUUCAUACUACAUAUUGAUUUGCAAACUGAAGAAAGCCAAGGAAGAGAACAGGAAGAAGGGCAAAGACAAGAGAAACAAUGAUGAAGAGUAUGACGUUAUUUGGAGCAAUCCAGAAGAAGAGAUAUUCGCCGAGGAUGCAGUUUGUAGUUUUGAAUUUUCAGUCGAGACAGAGUCAGAUAAUGGUUUGACUGGCACGUGGACUGAAGAUGACGACGAGUUGGUAUCGUACAGGCGAGUAUUGCUGUUUGAGGCGUCGAAACUGCCAGAAAUAAUAAGGAAGGUUAAAUCUAAAAUUGGUUAAACUUGCACAAAAUCCUACUUGAUGAUAAUGUAUUUUUAAACAAAUCGCGUUCGGAGAUUGUAUAUUUUUGUUGCGAGGAACGAUAUUUUGUACGUUUUUUACUUGCCAUCUUAGUAAUUUCGACCAAGGCUUAAUUAUUCAUGGUUUCUUGUCUAUGACAGUCAAAAGUCUGAGGAAAGAGUCAUUAGAAAUACGUGCACUUGUAACGA